GUGAGUCACGCGAUUUUUUUAUUUACAUUAGCUACAAAACUGCCAAAACAAUAUACAUGAAGUAAAGUUCAUAAAUUAUUUUAAACCAUAUAGAACCCUAAUCCAUUUUCUUGAUGUUGACAUUCAUGAACAGGAAGUAUUUUGUUUGGAUUUUCCUGCGUAAUUGAUUAUUUGUCAGAACAUCUGAACAAUUGACAAGAUGUUAAUACCUAACGCAGGAAGCACUGCAAUGUUCUGCAAAGAAAACAUGUCUUGACUUUGGAAUAGUCAUACAGCAUCUAAUCAAGUUGAUGCGGUGAAGGUGCUUGGAUCAUGGCAUCUCAGCACCGUGUGUUUGCAGCCUUGUUGAGUCAGCCGGCAAACCCAAUACACCCGGCCAUCAGCACUACAACAGUGCAGCAGCCAAAUUCUGUGUUAGAAAAGAAGGCAAGAGAUGCCAACGUUGGUAAAAGAUAUAUGAAGAUACACGAUGGUCUAGAAUCAUCAAUAAGUUUUGAUGGCAGAGAGAGGGUUUCCAAAAUUCUGGGAGAAGUUGACUGCUUGUCUGAUGUUGAGAAACUGCUGCUGUACCUAAGGUUGCCGACAGGGACCAUUUGCCGCGACGACAACAACCGCCUGACACCUCCCUCUUGUCUUCCCAUGUCAAACAGGAAGGAGCAGGGUGAGGCGUUCACCUGGAUCCGCACACAUUUCGAGGAACACACAGAUGUCUGUAUGCCCAAGGCACAGGUCUACGAUGAAUACAAGUUGUUUUGUGAGCAGCAUGGUUUACGGGCCCUGUGUAAUGCAGACUUUGGGAAGGUUAUGAGACAGGUGUUCCCGGACAUCAAUACACGAAGACUCGGGCAGCGAGGACAGUCAAGGUAUUUCUACGGAGGUCUGAGGAAGCGUCAGGACUUUGAAGAACCCUCUCUCCCAGAACUUGAGAUAUCCAACAAACAUAUUGAGCUGGACUCAAGCGUGGUUGAGGGGGAAGUGUUUAAAUCCUCCUGUGAGCUCGUGCUUGAGUGGGCCGAGAAGGUGCUGGACAUGCGGUUUGACUCAGUCCCCUCUGUAGCAGAACACCUCGUGGGUAAUAUGUACGUGAACACACGCUCCGUGGCCGCCUUCACUCUGAUAGGGGCUCUCCAGGAUAGUGGCAAGAACAACCUGAAAGGUUCUGCCCUGUUCACUUCCCAGCCAAGCCAGGCUGGUGACCGGCAUAGGGAGACAAACCUUCUUCUUCAGCAAAAACUGCAGAAGAACAGACAACUCCAGAAACAGAAGGACAAAAUACAGGCCUUGAAGUCAGAGAAUGAGCAACAGUCUGGUGUCCAUGGUAAUGUUGAGCAGAUCGCUCCCAACCCUGGCAACCAGAAGAGGUCCAGCACCUCCUCCAGCCUUGGACACUCCAAGGAAGAUCACCAACCCACCUCAGCAAGCCUGGGUCACACCAGGGGAGAUAACCAACCUUCCCGUGCCAGCAUUGGACAUACCAGGGGAGAUCACCAACCCUCCCCAGCCAGUCUGGGAAACACCAGGGGAGAUCACCAACCCUCCCCAGCCGGUCUGGGAAACACCAGGGGAGAUCACCAACCCUCCCCAGCCAGCCCUCUCCAAGAGUCAUCACCACUGAAACUCCUGUCUCCACAGAAACAUGAGAUGUCAUCGUGGCAAGCCAAGGUGUCAGGGAGGGCUUCAGCCCAGGUUUCUGACAAAAGUGUUAAAAGUGCUUUAAGUAACAAACUCAAGUCCCAGAUUCAAGCACAGUCAAAGGAAAACAUCGGAAAAACUGAUAAGUAUAUGAAGAAAACCAGUGGAACAAAAGAUGUUAUUGAAAUUACUGGUAUUAAACAAAAAGAUAAUGCUCCGUCAAGUAUUGAACAAGUUUUAAAUAAUGCAUUUGAACAAAAGUCUGAAAACACUGCCCAAGGUUACAAAUUAAUUGAUUUAGAUUAUGAUAAAGAAAACACUGACAGUAAUUCCACAGUGGAGCUAAAUAUGUCUAUAUCUGAUGCACAGACACCAGGCAGUGAUAUGGAUGUGGACCAGUCAGAGCGCACUCAUGUGAAGAGGCUGAACUUUGAAGAUGCUAUCAGUCCAAGCUCAUCAUCACUGACUGUGACUGUUGAAGGACAAUAUGGCCAUACAAGUAAUAAAUGCUCCCAGCAGAUAUUACCUGAAAGUGUUGUAGCAGAAAAUAUACAAACUGUUGUUGGUAGUUCAGAAACUUUGUCAAAAUCUACCGGCCAUUUGAACUUUAAAAAGUUGCUGGAAAACCAAGGUGAGAGUUUUGUGCAUUUGAACAAGUCCAUGGGGUUUAUUGAGAAGUGUAAGAACUCAUUGUUUGUGAACCAGUGUAACGUACCGGGCCGUAGCGCCUUUGUCCCCUUCUCCCAGGUACAGGCUGUUCCCCGGAAGGACAGUGGAGUCAUCACACAGUCUAUAGCCAUGGCCAUCCCAGUCAUGGUUCAGUCUGUGUCUCAGGGGUCUGCCCAUCCGCUGGAGGAACAGCAAGUCUCCCAGUCCAUGGGGGUCACACCCUGUAUGAUAGCGGUACCCAGCUCUGUGCAUGCCAGUGUCCACAAGUCAUCAUCUGAUCGAAGCCUUAAGGAAUCAGUAUUAAAUCUUGUGUCAGCAUCAUCAUUUGUACCUGGCAAAAAUUUGGAAAAUAUACCUUCCAGUUUGAUUGACAAAAACAAACUUCAUGGACAAAAUGUGGUAAAUUUUAAAAAUCCUUCCCAUGAAGCUAUUAAUGUUGUGACUGUCACUUCCGUAAUGUCCAAAAUGUCUGGUGAUGUGAUAGUUACUUCAGCGCAAAAUUUAUCUGGAAAACAGUCAAGGUCCAAGUUUACGCCCAUCAGACCAAAAGCCUCCCCAAAUAAAGGGUCACCUGCCAAAGAUACGAAAAAUGAUAACUCCAGUAACUAUGACAAAGACAAGCGGAGGGUGUCUACAAUCCUGAAGGAGAAGCGUGAGAAGCAGAAAGCAGAAGCCCUGGUUAAGAGUCAGACGGGCAUGCAGCUGCCCACUAUCCCGUUCACCCCAAACAUGACAUUUCCAACUGCCCAACUGCCCCCUGCCCCCACAGAGGUUAACACCAUGGUGCCAAACAUGGCCUCCAAGGACAUGGUGAUUAUUGUGAACAACCAACCUGUCAGUGUGCCCACUGGCCUUCAUUCAUUAUUUGGCCCCGGGGUACAGAUACUACCCCAACCCACGGUCACUCAGCCUGGAUUCACCCUGGGGGAGCAGACCAGCCCUGGGCUGGCAAUGGGACAGCCAUUCAGUGAGGUGGACAAGGCAGGAUUGAUUGUUCCCACAGUAAAAAAAGGUUGUGAAAACACUGAAAUUGGAGUUGAAAACAAAUCCCUUUCUGCAAACAUAGGAAAGGAAAGCGUGGGAAACACAAUUGUAGAAGAAAAAUGUCUUAAAGCGACAAAUAAGGCUUUGGAUGUUAACUCAUUGAUAGGAUAUAGUCAUGAGAUGGAUAUAUCUGAUGAAAUAUUGAACUCAAAAGAUUUAGAGACUUAUAAUUCUGGAAUAGACAUUAUCAGAGUUGGUGUCCUAACAUGUGACAGUGUUGACCAAAUGUGGUCUGAAACCCCAUCUAAGAUAGCCAAAAUGAAUAUUACAUCCCCACAUCGGCCAGAGAGUGCCUGCUCCAUUGACAGGGAGGUUUCUGUGCGGGUGGCCAGGCCAGAGUCUGUCCAGAGACCAGACUCUGUGCAGCGACCAGAGUCUGUCCUUAGUCGCCCAGAGAGUGCCUGUUCAUUUGGGCGGGAAACUCCGUCAGGAGCCCGCAAGAGGAAGUGUCCAGAGUUACAGACAAGGCGGGACUUCAAACGGCUGAACUCUACAGGGGAGGAGAUGGGUGAGGAUGCAAAUAACACUUCCUUGGAGCUGAGCCCAGACGAGUUUACCAGUGUUGUUCCAAGGAGAACAAAGUCUUGCACUUCUGAGCUGGAAGAUGAAUGUAAGAGUAAGGAGAAGAUGGACAGUCAGCAAAAACAUUCCCACUACCAGCACAAGUCAGAAAUCUCCCUGGUACAGGGACUGCAGAGCCCGGAUAUAUCAUGUCUUGAGAAGGAUGCUCUCAUAGAGUCUUUCCCAAACAGUGUUUUAGCCAUGAAGCCUGAGGGUCGGUCCAGUAGGAGGCCCCAGGUGAGCUCAGUGGGAAUCAGCGCCCUCAAGCAGUCAAAGCCGAGCCUGGACCAGAGAGUGAAGAACUACUUUGAAGCUAAGAAGAUGGAGGCUGGGCACGGGGGUAGGGAGAACAAGGAGAUAGCUGGGAUCACCUUCAUGAAUGUCAGAAACAUAAAGCUUGGUGAGGGGAGAGUGAUACCGUCCGGGAUUGCCACCAGGUCCCGGAGCAGGAACGAGGGGUCGAGCUCCGGGGCAGGGCUUGUGGUGAGCGACCGCAAAAAGCCGUACCAACGCCCUUCAAGUGCCGCCCCUGCUGGUGGGUCACGGGCAGAUAUGGAGCCCUCUGGACUGCCAUCUGACGUGGCUGACUGGAUCACAGAUACCCUGGAGCAGCGCCAGCAGGAGAACAAGUCAGCAAUGUCAGAGCCUGACCUGCACCACCAUCAGUCACUUGCCAACAUCCAUACCAGCCCAGUUGUGGGAGCCUUCCAAUUUGAAACACGCUCCCAGGUGUCCCCUGCGGAGAGACCAAAGAGUGUCACAUUCUCCAUUAACUCCCCCAGCGGCAGGUUUGAUAAAAAAAAUACUUCCAAACAAACAAAAGAUGAUGAUAAUACAUUUACAGUACCAAAGGCUCCACCCAUUACAGUCCAGAGACUGAAAGAACAAAACACUUUAAGAUCAGUGGACAUGUCUGUAGCCAGCCAGCGUUGCCAGUCUUUGCCAUUGUUUGCCUCCCCAGCCCGGAGUCCAGUUUCCCCGGUGAUGAGUCAAGUCUCUCGUAACCAUGUUUACACCCGUGCGUCCUCUAUGUCACCCCGGGGUCCAGGUCAGGUGAUGAUGGAGGUAAACACAGAUUUGCUGUCUCCACCUGCAGGGCCAUUAUUGUCUCCACAGGGCAUCCUCCCACCUCCUAUCAGACUUCCCUCUCCCAGUCAGGGCCAAGGCCAGGGACAUAUCACGGGAGCGUCAAACACCUUUAGAGAUGCAUCUAAAGGAGGCAGUACUUACUUAAAAAAGAUUCAACAUUCCCUUCAAAUGCCAGUGGACCAUCAGCAAAAGAACCUUGAUAAACAUCGACUUACAUUGAAUCUUGGUCAUGGUCAAGGUUUGGGCCAGCAGGGGUUGUCCAAUCCUCAGCUGUGUAGCCAGGAAUCCUCACUAGAGGUAGAUGAACAAUUCAUGUCUCAAACUCCUUGUUCUGAUUCUGGUUACCAUAGCAACAGUACAGAGCCUUCACCAAUUAUGAAUUCUACUCCAGUAUCUGCUAUGGAAGUUGUUGAAAUCAUACAGCUGUCUACAACCCAGUCUAUUACGGAGUCCCCUAUUACCAUGGUAACUGACUUCCUGAGUCCCGUUCAGCCAGCGUCACCACACCAGUCUCCACUCAGACAGCAGCUGAUUGAUCAGCAGCAGUAUGGGUCCAACAUGGCUGCCGGUCCAACCAUGGGACAGAUGCAAGGAGUUAACAUGGGUUUGUUAAGGUCUUCCAUUCACAGUGCUUUCGUACCUAUAGAGGGAUCACACCAUGAUAUUCGGUAUGUCACACCGAUAAAACCUACAGUUACACUUCCAAAUGCUGGCACUUCAGAAAAUUCCUCUGGGGAGACUGGGAAUUGCCAAAGGCAAUUUAUAGACCAAAGCCAGUCCAGGUGCUGCUCAGUAGAUCCUCCCCCGUACGAUGUGGCUCUAAAACAGCUACAACAACAGCAGCACAUAGUUUCACCUGGAAAUCAACAGGGCACUGACAUGCUUGGACCUUUUGCCUCAAAACUCGUCAAACUUUCCAAAAAGUCCCACAGUGUAGUGGCAGAAAGUGAAGGGAGUACCUUGAACUUGCUAAGUCCCAGCAGUGAAGGCCAUUCCACAAGUGUAGGUUCUGAUCUGUUGUACAUUCCAACCAGCGAGCUUGAAUACAUGCUGAACAAUGAUAGAGAUAAUGCAUCCAUAUCCAACAUGCAUUUAGGUAAGAAGCAUAUCACAAAGCAUGUGCUAGAUACUCAAAAAAAUACUAUGAACAUUGAUUUACCUUCUUAUUCAAUAGGAAAUCCUUCAUCAGUUCUAAGCAUUGAUCCAUCCUACCAUUUAUCAUCAAUGUCUACAGCAUCCAAUCCAACCUAUGACAGUGUAAUCCCCCCAGCUCUCCAUCACUCAGACCAGACAGAAUCACGUGCCAUGGACAUGGACCUACUUCUCAAUAAGCCCAUCUUCAGUCUGCAGAAGUCUGCUCCAAAUGAGACUUUUCUCUUUCAAUCUGAAAUCCAUGGAGUUCCCACUCAAAGUGUAGAAUUUGAUAAGAUUAAGACAAAAAAUGUUCUCAUUGGUGGAAAGGAUGUUGCCCCGGCCGCUGACAUAUUGCUAGGUAACCAGGAAAAUCCUGGAAGUCUGGGGGACAGAGAUCUAUUUGAGGGGUUCCCGCUGGACACUUUAAAGGACUUUGAUGGGCAAGACCUGGCGGAGUUUGACAUGUUUAAUGAAUAGCGUAGUCCUAGUGCUGUUGUGCUAGGACUGGAUGGGGUAGUCUUAUUGCAAUCAUGGUGGUAACUGGAUGUUGUAGUCUUAAUUGUGUCUUGUGAGUCUACAUAAUGUAGUGCUAGUGUUGUGGUUGGACUACAUUGUGUAGGCCUUACGUGUCAUACUGGGACUAAAUGGUGUAGGCCUUCUCGUGUCAUACUGGGACUACAUGGUGUAGGCCUUCUCGUGUCAUACUGGGACUACAUGGUGUAGGCCUUGUCUUGUCAUACUGGGACUACAUGGUGUAGGCCUUCUCGUGUCAUACUGGGACUACAUGGUGAAGGCCUUCUCGUGUCAUACUGGGACUACAUGGUGUAGGCCUUCUCGUGUCAUACUGGGACUACAUGGUGUAGGCCUUGUCGUGUCAUACUGGGACUACAUGGUGUAGGCCUUCUCGUGUCAUACUGGGACUACAUGGUGUAGGCCUUGUCGUGUCAUACUGGGACUACAUGGUGUAGGCCUUGUCGUGUCAUACUGGGACUACAUGGUGUAGGCCUUGUCGUGUCAUACUGGGACUACAUGGUGUAGGCCUUGUCGUGUCAUACUUGGACUACAUGGUGUAGGCCUCGUCGUGUCAUACUGGGGCUACAUGGUGUUGUUCUCGUCUUGUCAUACUGGGGCUACAUGGUGUCUGCGGGUACCUGGCUGUGCAGUUUUUAAUUCAACAUUCACAAACACAACAGUAUGCACAUAUAUGUCUCAUAUCUCAUGUUUUAGAUUUUUGAGAAUAUUAUCUUGUAUAAUUUAUAACUGUAAUAAUAUUGCAUAUAGAUUUGUUGAUGAUUUUAAUAAAGAAAUUUAUUGAGAUUGAACUGAUUUACAAUAAAGAACAAAUGGAUAUAUUUCAUUUGACCAGCAAUUUUAUACAUAUCUAGACAGUAAAAUUUGAAUUAUGAAAUUUUGAUAAAUUGUUAUAUUUUCCACACAGUUGGUGGGUAUUUUAUCUUCAAGAACAUAAGGAGCGUUUUCUAAAUUAUGAAAAAAAUAUAUAACCUUAUGAAGAAGUGUUUAUGGAAUAAGUAUUUUACUGAUAUUUUUUAAUCAGUUUUCAUGUUAUGUUUUGUUGUUAUUGUAAUUUGUUGUGAUAAGGUAGAACAUAGUACUAUAACGCUGUUACAAGUCUAGUUCAGUUUAUUCAACUUUUAAGGGAAAUACUUUUGUUUUCAUUAUCAAAGAAGAUUACCUGCAGAAUAAGUAGAUCCAUGAACAAUUUGAAGGACCAUAAAGUAGGUUUGAUCCAUGAUGUAGGACCAUGAAGUGGAUAUAAUCAAUGAUGUAGGACCAUAAAAUGAGUUUGCAAUUUGAAAUAAACUUGGUCAUUUUUUGAAAAAAAGGUCUGAAAUGGCAGGUCUAGCAGGGAAGGGGACACAGUACCCUAAACACAUAUACUUUUAAUCUUAAAUUGAAACCUUAACAAUUCAAAUGCUGAUAUAUAUACAUAUUUUUUCAUAACUAUGGCCACUUUAUAAGUAUUCUUGAAUGAAGGGUUGAAAUGAAUGAAAUUUUUUAUACAUGUCAUUUCAAUACCUCAGUGAAAUGUAAGUUUUGAGGGGGUUUGACAGAUGUGCCCCCCCCCCCCCCACUGAGAAAGAUAUAUCAGUCCUGUGAUCCACUAUAAUGAAAUUACAAUACAUAACAACUGCUGUAUGAGAUAUAAGGCUGUGUUGUAACUGCAGGGGGCGGGGAUAUACUGCUGUAUGAGAUAUAAGGCUGUGUUGUAACUGCAGGGGGCGGGGAUAUACUUCUGUAUGAGAUAUAAGGCUGUGUUGUAACUGCAGGGGGCGGGGAUAUACUUCUGUAUAAGACAUAAGGCUGUGUUGUAACUGCAGGGGGCGGGGAUAUACUUCUGUAUAAGACAUAAGGCUGUGUUGUAACUGCAAGGGGCGGGGAUAUACUUCUGUAUAAGACAUAAAGCUGUGUUGUAACUGCAGGGGGCGGGGAUAUACUUUUGUAUGAGACAUGAGGCCAUGUUGUACCUUCAGUGGGUGGGGAUAUUCUGCUAUAUGAGACACAAGGCCAUGUUGUACCUUCAGGGGGUGGGGAUAUUCUGCUAUAUGAGACAUAAGGCCUUGUUGUACCUUCAGGGGGUGGGGAUAUUCUGCUAUAUGAGACAUAAGCCUGUGUUGUACCUUCAGGGGGUGGGGAUAUUCUGCUAUAUGAGACAUAAGGCCAUGUUGUACCUUCAGGGGGUGGGGAUAUUCUGCUAUAUGAGACAUAAGGCCAUGUUGUACCUUCAGGGGGUGGGGAUAUUCUGCUUUAUGAGACAUAAGACCGUGUUGUACCUUCAGGGAGUAUAGGCCAUGUUGUACCUUUAGGGGUUGGGGAUAUUCUGCUUUAUGAGACAUAAGGCCAUGUUGUAUCUUCAGGGGGUGGGGAUAUUUUGCUAUAUGAGACAUAAGGCCAAGUUGUACCUUCAGGGGGUGGGGAUAUUCUGCUUUAUGAGACAUAAGGCCGUGUUGUACCUUCAGAGGGUGGGGAUAUUCUGCUUUAUGAGACGUAAUGCCGUGUUGUACCUGCAGAGGGUGGGGAUAUUCUGCUAUAUGAGACAUAAGGGUGUGUUGUUCCUUCAGGGGGUGGGGAUAUUCUGCUAUAUGAGACAUAAGGGUGUGUUGUACCUUCAGGGGGUGGGGAUAUUCUGCUAUAUGAGACAUAAGGGUGUGCUGUACCUUCAGGGGGUAGGGAUAUUCUGCUAUAUGAGACAUAAGGGUGUGUUGUACCUUCAGGGGGUGGGGAUAUUCUGCUUUAUGAGACAUAAGGCUGUGUUGUACCUUCAGGGGGUGGGGAUAUUCUGCUAUAUGAGACAUAAGGCCGUGUUGUACCUUCAGGGGGUGGGGAUAUUCUGCUUUAUGAGACAUAAGGAGGUCUUGUACCUUCAGGGGGUGAGGAUAUUCUGCUUUAUGAGACAUAAGGCUGUGUUGUACCUUCAGGGGGGUGGGGAUAUUCUGCUAUAUGAGACAUAAUGCUGUGUUGUAUCUGCAGAGGGUAGGGUAUUUAUCAACACACUAUUUAUAAAAAGACUGUCCAUUUAUUUAAAGUAAUUUAUUACUAUAUUUAAUUGUAUUUAUUAGAACUUUUUAGAUUAUUAUAUUAAUUUUAUAUUACUUUAUAUAACUUGUUACUUUGACUAAGCUUUAUUAUAGUAUAGGGUUGUUGAUAUCGUUUGUUUGGUGUUCUGUCAUUAACAGGUGCUAACUGGUGUUCCAUUAAGUGUAAUGUUUUAAUUUGUUGGUUUUAUUUCAACUGUGGUUAUUUUAACUUAGAUUUUAAAUGAAAGUAUAGCACUAAACAUUUUUAGGAAGCCUUUUUUUAAAAUUCAAGACUCAUGUAGUGAUAUUGCAUAACUGCAUACAGGCAUAUAUCAAUGUCUAACUGAACGUCCUUUUCCCUCAAGUUCAGUACCCACAAUAACUUACUCAACCUAUCACCAUUUUAUUUUAGGAUCAACGUCAGUGCAUGUACAAGGUUUUGUCUAUCUUUAAACAGCACUUUUAUAUCAACCUCAAGGUCACUGUAUGUAAAAGUUCAGGAUUAUAAUCUCAACGGUCAUUAUAUGUUCAAGGUCAAGGUAACGUUUUACUGCUUGAUAUAUGCACACAAAAAUAACCUUGAAGAUGGCUUUAAGUAUUGAUGCAAUAUAAUGAGUUACAGAACUUCUGCUUUGGGGGCAUUGUUACCUGACUGUGACAUACAGUGUGUUGUAAAUGAUCCAUCACUACAUGAAGUAAUGGCAAUAUAUGUGUUGUAUGAUUAAAGAAUACUAUGAGUUUACAUUUCAAAUGUUCAUUAAGACUGUGUUGUUAUAUAUUUCUGUGUUCAGUCUGUAAUAUGUUUUUUAAGUGUUUAAGAUUAUACUUUAUUCAGUAUUGUAUUAAAAUGACCUACAUGUACACAUGUACUGCUUUUGAUAAUUAAGAGGUUAUUAUGUGAUGGUUAAAGUUAGUAUAUAUUCACAUCAAAUAAAUGGUUUGAUAGGACGCAGUCCAAUAACCAUUUAUUUUGUAGGUAUUUACUAACAAUCUAAGUUUUAAGUGGUCUACAAUAUAUUGUAUAAAAUACAUGUACCCACUAACUGGGUCAGCUACUAUUUAUAUUCUACCGAGUCACCUGAUUAAAAUCAAAAACGGCUGACAGCUGAUUUACUGAAAUAAAUGAAUUGGAAAACGUGAGAAAUACUGCCUUCUAAUUGAACAAAAUAUAUUGUUGACCACUUGUGUUGGUAUUGUUGAUGGAAUACUAAAAAACUUCCACUGGGUGUUACAUCGAGGCUAUUCAUCAUUUGGCAUUUCCAGUGUGUUUAUACCACGUGAUGAAUUACGUCAUAUGCUACGUCGGAAGGCAAAAAUUUGCUUAAAAUGAAGACUUAAAUCAAAGAUAACUUCAUUUACAACACCAUUUUAAAUGAAACAAAGGGCAUUCUAUGCCGCUUAAAGAGCCCUGCAUUUGUUUUAUUACCAACAUUUGAUGAGGUCAUUAGUUUCAGCAAACAAUUCGACAAACCUGUUUCCAAAAUAAUGUUUUGACAGUGCUCCGCCAGACGGCCGUAUUGUGAAUAGGUUUGUCGAAGUGUUUUAAGAAACUAAACUCUCAAUCGAAUUCUGGUAAAAGACUGAAGGUGGGGCUCCGUAAGCGGCGUAGACUGCGCUAUGUUUCAUUUAAAAUGGUGAAGAAAUAGUGAAGUUAUCUUUGUUCAAAGUCUUUUCAAAAUAUUGCAUUCCGACGUAGCAUUAAUGAGACAAUUUAUCACGUGGUAUACACACACUGAUUGCAGAAGUACAAACAAUGAUCAGAUUUUAGCUUAGAUGAGCUCGUAGGGUGACCUGGGAGAGCUUUUGUCGGCGUCCGGUCAUCCGGCGUCAGACAACAGUUGCUUCAAACAACAUCUCCUCCUAAACAGCCUGGCCAAUUCAGAUGAAACUUCACUGGGACGUUCCUUGAAUGGUGCCCUUUCAAAAUUCCAUGAAGAAGUCGAGUUGCCAUGGCAAACGAACAGUAAACCUUUUAUAUAUAUAAGAUAUUCUUAAAAGCACCAAAACGCCUAGAGCUAAACUAUUUGGUGUGUUACAUUGUCUGGUGGUUCUCAACCAAGUUUGUUCAAAUUAUGCCCCUGGGGUCAAAAUUGACCCAGCCCCAGGGGUUAACUUGUUUUACAUAGAGAGAUACAGGGAAACCGUCAACAUUUUCUUUAAACGACAUCUCAAUUUUGAUGAAACUUCACAUGGAUUUUUCCUGUUUGAAUUUUAGCUAAUAUUUUUUCAAGUUGUUAAUGACUGUCUUUGCUGAAUAUAACUACACAUAUUUCAUGUAUUUUAAACUAUUAUAUGAGGUUUGUGUCAAAUCACUGUUAAUGGUAUCUGUAAAUAUGUCCGUCAAGAAGGGUUGAUUCCUUCCGGUAGCGACAUUAUCUCGUUGUUUAUUUUCGUGCUGUUGGAUAUUGUAUGCUUACUGUGUAGGUGUGAACACGCGGUCUGUCUUUUGGAUUUUUGAUAUUAAAAUCAGAGAAAACAUUAACUUGA